AUGCAUGCGCCGACUACGGCAGCUCUGGCUGUGCUUGCCAGCCUUUGUUUCGACAGUGCCGUCGCAAGCGAUCAUGGCUACUCGAAGUCGAGAUAUCAGGAAGCAUGUCCGGCCUUCGAGAAUUAUGCCCGAUUCGCGCACCACCCGUACAGCGAUGGCCCCAUGGCUUUACCAUACCAGCGACCGUCGAAGCGAUGCCGGACAUUCGAAUCGGACCUGGUCGAAAAGAUUAUCAAGGAUAUGAACUCGACUAUGGUAGACCGUGACCUAGCGCGUAUCUUCGAGAAUGCUUUCCCCAACACACUAGACACGACCGUGCGGUGGCAUGUAGAUGGCAACGAGAAGCAAGAGUCGAAGAUGCAGCAAAUAUUCAAGGUGCCAGGCUCGUGGGAAGGUCCACAGAGCUUCAUCGUGACAGGUGAUAUCAAUGCCGAGUGGCUGCGGGACAGCACAAAUCAGCUGGCCCAAUACCAGCGGUUGGCAAAUAAGGAUAAGAAGAUUCACAACCUCAUACUAGGGGCCAUCAAUACACAGGCUGAGUACGUGAUUGAGUCGCCGUACUGCAAUGCAUUCCAGCCACCGCCUCCAAGUAAGCUCAGUCCGAGUGAUAACGGGCAGGGCGACAAUGUGCAUCCAGGAUAUGAGCCAGGACAGGUGUUCGAGUGCAAGUACGAGCUGGACUCACUAGCACACUUCCUCCGAUUGGGGAACGAGUUUUACGACCAUACGAAAUCGACAGAGUUCUUGACCCAACGAUGGUAUCAUGCGCUCGAGAGCUUGCUGCGAGUGCUCGACCAGCAGAGCAAGUCGACCUUCGACCAGGACACAGGUACCUUCGAGCGUCAAGCAUACCGCUUCCAGCGCAAUACAAACACCGGUACAGAGACGCUGAACUUGAACGGGAACGGCAAUCCCCUGAACUGGGGCACCGGCCUCAUUAGAUCUGCGUUCAGACCGAGUGAUGAUGCCACCAUUUUCGGCUUCUUCAUCCCAGCCAACGCCAUGAUGGCACACGAGCUGAAGCGCACAGCAGAAGUGCUGAUCGCAGCUGGUAAGCCAAAGGUCGGUGAAGAGCUGAAGUCACGAGGCGACAAGAUCGAGAAAGGUGUUUGGGAACACGGCGUGGUGCAAACUAAGAAAUGGGGUUCGGUCUUUGCUUUUGAGGUUGAUGGAUAUGGGUCACACUUGUUGAUGGACGAUGCGAACGUGCCUUCGCUGCUAGCUCUACCAUACCUGGGUUUCCUUCGAAAGGAUGAGCGAACCUAUCAAAACACGAGGAAGAUGAUUCUAUCGAAGGACGGGAAUCCGUAUUACAUGACAGGCUCGGCCUUCAAGGGCAUUGGUGGGCCUCAUUGUGGUCUCAAUAAUGCUUGGCCCAUGUCCUUGCUCAUUCAAGCAAUGACGAGCGAUGACGACGACGAGAUUACUGAACUUCUGAAGCUGGUGAAGAGAGCUUCGCCACUAGGACUUGUGCAUGAGAGCAUUAACGUGGAGCGAAUCCGGGACUACACUCGAAGCUGGUUCGCAUGGGCAAACUCUGUAUUUGCUCAAACGAUCCUGGAUCUGGCCGAGAGGAAGCCGCAUCUGCUGUUUGGCAAGGACGCAAAGGCAUACGUGGUCAAUUAG